GCGCGUGCAAGAGGCGGCUUAGCACGAACGAGAAGCGCGGCGUCCGCCAGGAUUUGGACUCAUGGCGCUCCAGGCUCAUUCAGUGUGUGGGUACUGAGAAAAUCUUGGAAUUAUUACUUGGUACCAGAAUUUUAGAGGACCUACGGCUUUUCAAAGAUUAUAAGCCUGCAAGUGUGUCAAAUUGGUCAUUUGAUGAAAAUUGUCUUUUCUGCUGCUUAAGGCGAGAGAAAGUGAAGGAACAUGUAGUUGCACUUAAUAACAAGAUUGUGGAAAGUGGAGGCAAACCUCUACUUGGCAAGGAUCAGUCUAAUAUCAGCAGACUUGAGUGGCAAGUAGAAGAAUUCCUCAAUGCUGUCUUACACAGGAAAGAAUACACACCAAGGAUCCCAGAUCCUCACAUCCCCGUGGUGGCUUGUGAUACCAUGCAGCAAAUGACUAAUCAGCUAGUGGUGCAUUAUACAAAUACCAACUCUCAGGGCUCACCUCAGCGCAGUGGUAACAUGGACCAAAGCCUGCUGAGAACCUGCUCUGUCACACCACCCACCGUUGCUGCUACAGCUACAGCUACUGCUGCUGCUGCUGCCGCCACUGCACAGAAUCCUGUCCUCAGUAAGCUCCUCAUGCCAGACCAAGACGCUCCCCUGGACCUUUCAGUCAAGAAGGUCAAACCGGAAGUCACUGAACAAGAUGGAGUCCUGGAUCUCUCGAUAAAGAAGACUCGUAAUUCAGACAGCACGUCUCUCCAAAGUCCUCAGAAGACUUUUACAAAACCAUUUGUUGCGAGGGACUCCUUAGAUCUGGAUCUGGAUCUGACGGGAAGGGAUCUGCAAUCAGCUUCCAAAUUGGAACAGUUCAUGGCUAAGCUUUGUUUGCAUCACCAGCGGCAAGUUGUUGAUGCAUUUGGAUUCUUGCAAACUGAGGUCAAGGCUGUAUCUUCCUACAGUACUUUUCAGGCGUGCUCCCCAACCAUCCCAGAAAAACCAACAACUUCAGGCAGCAGCCAUGUGAUGUUUGAAGAACGGACCAGGAACCAGGGGUGUGAGGAGAUGCAAGAUUUAUCUGUAGCAUUAAGCACAUUUAGGGUCCAAGAAUCACCUUUUGUAAAGAGUGAUGAAUUUUCACAUGCAGAGCUGCCCUUGAAAACUGAGGGAUCACCAGUUGCCUCGGUUGAGACUGGACCUUUCCUAGAUAUUACUAAGACAAGCAUCGGGGAUGAAGAUUCGGCAUCCUCUGACGUAGUAGCUGCUGAAUCUAGAAAUAUAGAUGUUCAGCCAAAAUGUCCGACUCUCCUUAUUGUGAAAAAUAGAAGCUCUGGCAGCCUUGAAGCCAAAAACUUGAUGGAAGAGGGCGCAGGCAAUCAGCAUGUAAAUAGUGGUAUGGUAGACCAGGACCUGUGUACUUCUGACACACGUUUACAAGCAAGUUGCAGCGAGUCUGAUGUUAUUGAGCUGUCUUCAUCUAUGGGGCAAGGUCACUCUGAUGCCAAAUGCUGUGCUGUAGAAAGAGGUUCUAUCACCAGAUCCUGCACAGUUGAAAGGACCUCAAAUGUAAUUUCACCUAAUUCCCCAAGAACAGCUAGGAAAAGUGGUAGGGUAUCUCACUCUCUUCUUAGGGAUAGCUCAGGAUGUCAUAUUAUUAAUGGUCCUGAUAUUACAUGUGACAUUGUCUAUGUUGGAAAACCAAUUACUGAAUGUGAGCAUCAAUCACACAUUCACAUGACUCCACGAAAAAAUGCUAGAAAAAGCACAAGGGGAUUCCGGUAUAUUGGGGGUUGUUGUGAACUAAAAACCGUGCGAACGUUGGCACGUAAAUCUGCUGAGAACGGUAGUGGGAAUUGCCCUGUUCCUAUGCCGGAGAUGACCACGUCAGUCGCCCCAAAGCAGGCUCUAGCUAAGCCUGAUGGUGUUCCUCCAGUGGAUAUACUGUUUACAGCGGACUGUAUGGAAACUGUAAUACACAAAAAGCCCUCUGAUCAACCAGAGGAGACGGAAGUUCCUGAAGAUGUUAUGGCAAGUGAGGAUGUAGAAACCAGUCAGACGGAUCAGACUCAAAGUACAGAGAAGUUUUCUUGUCCAGUUGAAAGUGAGCAGAGUGACACAUCUGUACAGCAGGAGUUAAAUGCAGGCAUAUGUGAAAGUGUUGCUGACAGUAACGACGUUGGUGUCCACCAAGGAGACCUUGUAGAUUCCAUUGUGACAGAUAUUAAUGUAGCACCUCAAGAGGUGGAGCUGACAACAAAAGAAACCCUAGAUUUCUCUGUGUCAGGCGUGACACAGAGUGGAUUAGAAACUGAAGAUCAGGAUCAAAAUGUAGCCACAGAGGCACUGCAGAGCCCAUUGUCUUCAGGCUUGGCCAAAGAUGAUGCCUCUGACACAGAAGGUGUGUGUGUAGAAAGAGGUGUCCUAACUGAGGCUCUAGAACAAACUGAAUGUGUAGAUUUGCAAGUGAUGACGAGCACAGAUAAAAGUGCUGACAUAGAAAUUACUUGUGGAACUGAAACUAAUCUCAAACCUGGAGAUGAUAUUGAACCAACUCAAGAUAAAGAUAAAGAAAAAGAGGCAGGGACGUCUGAUUUAAGUGUUGAGGAAAUGAUUACAAAGGAACAACAUGAAGAAUGUAAGGGAGAGGGGCUUGUACCGAACACUCUUGACGGUUCCAGUCCAAAAAAAGUUGUAAAAACUGUUGCUCCCUCAAACAGAUGUCUCCGAAAUAGAGUAUCCAAAGGUACAUCCGAACAAACGAUGUCUUCUAAUGCACCAGGUCAGAUGGAAACACAGUCAGAUAGCCCUGAUAAAAAUCAGAGUACUCCAGAAUCUAAACGGCAUUUGAAAACUUCAAAAUCAAAACAUGUUGAAGAAAAUGUGCCAUGUCAGGACGGUCAAUAUAAUUUGAAUCCCACAGAAAAUCUUAAUCUUGAGAAAACGCAAAGGUCCCCAGUUGUCACACAGCGGGAUGGUGUAGACAUAACGGAUAAUAUGGUGUGCACGAGGCAGAAGCAAAAAUUAAUGAUGGAGAAGGAAAUCGAGAGUAGCAAAGAGCAGAAUGUUCUUGAGCCAUCAACCCCAAAAGAUGAAGACAAAGUUCAAGGACAAGAUUCCGUAUCUGAUGAUAUUCCAGAGAAUAUGGAGGUUACUCCACCCAAAAUUGGUGAAUCUCCUGGCAAGUCCCUAAGGAGUUCUGAAAGAAUCUCCCUUAGAAACGGCAGUCAUCAAAUUGAACAGCCUGUUAAAGUCUCUGCUUCACCCAUCAAAAAUAGUACGCAACCCUCUGAACGAAUGCCUUUGAGAAACAGGAACAGCAGUGCCGUUGAUCAGCCUACUGGGGGAGAAUCUUCCAGUUCCCCUACAGGAGGCCGUUUAGAGAGGCUGGGACGGAUGCCUUUGAGGAGCAGGGAUAGCUAUAAUGCAGAGCACAUCGUCAAAGAUUCUUGCAUCUCUCCCAGUAGAAGCGGUUCAGACAGUGUUGGUCGCAUGCCUUUGAGAAGCAGGAAUAGUAGCACAGUUAAUCAGCAUGUUUCUGGAGGUUCAGAUGGCGUGAUCAAGGAUGUGUCAAGCUCUCUCACUGAACAAUCCAGUAGUGACCUCGUCCCAACCAGUAGGAGAACGGAGAGCGCUGGACACAUGCCUCUAAGAAGUGGAAAUGCUUCAGUAGCAGAACAGCCAUCCAGAAAUACUUUGUCUGUUGGAAACGUCUCGGAGAGCCCUGGGCGUAUGUCAUUGCGAAGGAGCAAUGUGUCUGUUGCUGAAAAGAUGGAUAGCUCUGCAACACCUCCCAAGAGCAUGAAAUCCUCCCAAAGACCUCCAAGGAGUGUCAAAACAUCUGUACCUCCCUCCAUUCUGGAAGGAGAACAGAGUCCCAAGAGUGUGAAAUUAAAAACGGAUAAACUUCUUAAGGAUCAAGCAAAAGAUUCUUCUUUGUCAGAUAACUCUGUUUCUGUUACCUUACGAACCACCACCCCUGUAACCCCCAGUACAUCCAAGUUUUUGGAGGCAUUAAAUGGAGAAGAGAACCAACAUUUGAUUUCAGAAUUAAACACCAAAUUUGAUAAGAUGCAGAAAGGAUGGGUUCAGAUGGACAAAGAGGGACAGCCUGCGCCAAGACCAAAAAACAAGGCUGAUCGACUGAAAGAAAUAUGGAAAAGCAAAAGAAGAAUUCGAAAGCCAAGGUCGCUGGAGCAGCAGAAGUUCUCUCCUGUGCAAAUGCUCUUUAUGAAGUCGUUUGACCUUCCCAGUAUUUGUCGGUGGUUCUUGCAGUCCACUGAAACGAAAUCUCUCGUUAUUGUUAAGAAGGUGAACACUAGGCUUCCAUCUGAAACGCAACUGUGUUUCCACACCUCAGCAGCUGUUCCAGGGGCCUCCAAUGGGGUCUUUCCAAGCGUGCAGGCUGAACGUUUAAAAAAGCAUCUGAAAAAGUUUGCCAUUGCAUCUCCAGUGAAGAGCAACCCCAAGAACAAACGGCUAAUUGCUAAAGCAUUAGCUCAGGGUAUCUCCGUCUCGAAAGGUAAAGAGAAGCGAGAACCAAGCACUGCUACACGAAUCUCUACGAAACCCCACAGCUAUACUGGUUUGAUCCAGCCACAGCCUUCCGAGAGCCACGGCAAGGUCACAGCCAAUGCAAAAAACCCAGCAAGUGCCAGAAUUCUGAGGAAAUAUUCCAACAUGCGUGAGAAAAUGCAAGUUCAACAAAAUACAUUGAAGAAGCUGGAGAGUUCCCUGGACAAGGCAAAAAAGGUGCGCGUGAUGCCAAAGAAUGUCUCUAAAGCCAUGUCUGCAGGUAAAGGACAAAGGUCUGCCAUUGUCAAGAAGGUGAAAGCCUUGGCUAAAAAAGCAAAAGUCAAAUCUGCAGUAAAAGAGAAGACCCCCAAGAGCAGUGUCAGCAGAUCAUUAAGAGGUUUGAAAGACAGAGCUGGAAUCCCAGCAAAGAAGGCGCUCACUAAAGUAUCUGAAACAAAUGUUGCAGCUGACACUAAAUCCCCAACCAGGAAGGACGCCCUGCCGAGAACCAGCAAGUCUCCACAAACAAAAGCAGACGUGAAAAAAUCUCAUUCCCCUAAAGGUCGAGAAGGUUUGACGUCUCCGUCUCAAACUGCAGACGUGAAACCGGCAAAAUCAGAAGACCAGGUGUUGACUAGGUCUCAAAGAAAGAUUGAAGCUACCCUUGCACAAAUCGGAUCUCCAAAAACCGCCACGAAAAGAGGCAGUGAACCCUUAUCCACCCCCGCGAAACGUACAAGGACCUCAAAGUAAUGAGUGAUGGAAGCAGAUAAAGACUGCAUGGGUGGAUUUGGUGAAUGGAUGAUGAGAUAUAUGUUGCAUUUCUGCAAAGCCGUGGAAAACGAUAUUUUUUUUUUUUUUUUUUUUUUUUUUAAAGCUAAAGCUGUGCAAGCUGAUUAUGUGAAGUCCCACAAAGCCAGUGCAGUGUGCAAAACCUUUUUACGAAGUUCACAACCAGAUGUAUAUUAUGUUUAUAGUGCACCUUUUUAAAUAUGCAUAUUAGUUAUUACCCCUUUUUGAGUAGCCAGUGGUGUGCCCUUGUCAUUACAGAGCUACAGUGUGCUAUUCAAAGUUGAGAUUAACCAUUAAAGUGGUUUUUUGCUUCUCAUAACAGGAACAUCCAAUGUGUGGUGGCUGAGAUUCACGGCUGAUCUGCAGCCGUUUUCCGGGUGUUGGUGUCCCUGUUAGCAGUUAGAUGGUUGUGUGACUUUGGUAACGUGCCUUAAGAGACUGUCCUUAAACCUCAACGUUCUUCGUAUUGCACAUAGAUGAAUAGGUGUCAUUUAGUUUAAAGGUGUUUAUUCUGCCCGUGAUCCAUCUCUGCUCCGUGCUUGGUGUACAAACACUGUACUGAUAUUAUUAUUUUUUUUUUUUUUUUUUUUUUUUUUUUUUUUUUUUUUUUUGGAUUUCUUGCUAAUUUUAUUUCUUUCUACACCUGUAGGUAAUUAUUUCAGAGCAUUAAAACAUUUUCUAAAUGCGUAAUCAUCCUGUAACUGAUGUUGAUGUGUUGUCAUGUUCUUAUAUUUUUGUGUCCUGUGUGUUUUGUUGCUUUGCUUCCGUUCCAUUAGAUUUCCUUUACUAGCCAAUGCCAGAAAAUGCAUUAAAUGAGAGAAAUAUUUAAUAAUUGUUUCCUUAAAGCUUAAAAUACGUUACUGUAACUUAUGAAUGGUGGAGUCCGAUGGCAUGUCAUCAUGGAAUUACUUUAUUUUGUAUGUUAAUGUUGGUCUUUGCUGUCUCUCUUUGUUUUUUCUUUUGACUUUUUUUUUAUAUUUUCAUGCAGGCUGUUACUUUGCUCUGCCAAAAGAGAGUAAAUAGGCUUUGUCUUUUAUUUAUUCAAGAACUCUGUGUGCAGUGGGUGAUUGUGAGAUGGAUUUCCAAACCUACGUUUGCCCUGAGAGGGAAGAAGACAGCUUUGAGUCAUUUUUCUAUUUCUCUGGAUUUGAAGUCUAUGCAUGCACGGUGAUGUGCCUCCGAGUAUUGUACAGAAUAAGACCUUUUUAGUCUGAAAAUCUUUUUUGAAAUUGUCUUUGAUGAACCACCACACGAUACAAAUAGUUUUACCAAACAAUGACUGAAGGCUGAUGUCCAGCAGUUAACCGUGCAGUUGCAUGCUGUUAGCCUUAGGCUUCUACCGUCCUCUUCUUAGUCGUACAAGUAUGUGCGGUUUGUCCUGGUCACAGCGUUUGCUUUGAGUUCUGGAGUCUUAAUCCAGAGCUGGACUGAAUGAGCCGUGUGGGUUUUAAUCUUUUUUUUUUUCCCCUUAAAAAAAUGAUGGUAUACCCAUUGAUUUACAAUUAUAGGAAGAACUGGAGUAAACCUGUCAAGCAUCCUUGGGUUUGUGAAAGGCUCUAUAUAAAUUUAUUAUUAUUAUUGUUAUUAUUAUUCAAAUUCCUGUUAUUUUGUGGAGCUAUUUGGUGGUGUUCAUUUCUUUGUCCGCUCAGUCUUUUAUUGUUUCACUUCAGCACAACUGUCUUUUAAUUUUCUUUUGGCUUUAAAAGUAAAAUCUUGUAAAUGCAAAGCUAUUAAUCUUUAGAUUUUUAUUGAUAUUUAAUGUUACCAUGGGUAUCUUUUGUCAUGAAUUGAUUCACCCACCAAAUGCCAGACUUGAAGAUUUUACUCUUAAUGUUGAUAUUUAUAGUUUUUGGUUUUGUAUAUUUGAAGAGAACACAGAUUUAUUUGUGUAUUGUUUUAAGUUGCAUUUUCUUGCUAUAACUGAUAUAAAGUGUUUCCAUUUAAA